GUUUUUCGCCGAGGUAAAAGCUAUUGGAAUCCCUAUUUUAUAAUCUCGGAGGCAUUUCCCUAUCCUAGAAAUACCUAUUAAAGGCUUUUCCUAGCCGGUAUAUUUAUUGUGAUCUUUCCUAUUUGUUAGUAUCUACCAAAGUACCACGCCAACAAACAGGGAUUGGAGUGUAAGCUGCCUUUCCAAGACCUGUGGCAAUUCUCAAACACGGUAGCAAAAGACCAGGCUGCAUGACUCAACUCAAUUGGAGCUCAGAGACAAAGCCAACCCGCACAAACAAGCUCCUCAACAAUCCUAUCAACUGACUGCCGGACUUUACCGGACUUUCCGGACUCGAGCGCGUGCGCGGAAAACCUGGUCAUUGGAGAUUCCAUUCAUUCAUUACCUUUUCCAUUGAAUCUCAGCCUCGUAGCCUACUCCAUAACAACAAUGCCCGUCAGCAAGGCAGCAGGGAAAGCUCACUCUCCUGAGCUUCCGUCUUCAUCAGUCGGCUCCUCUUCUUCCGCAAGGACCAGCCUCUCCCCCCCGCAGCAGCCGUCCCACAUUAAGAAGCGGCGGCUGCCCCGGCCUGCGGCUCAAAUGGAUGCACAGCAACAAGACGACGCCGAGCGUCGGACCUUGAUAGUUGACGGCAGUGACACGACGGCACCGCCUAAUAACAACAAUGACUCCAUGGCUCCCACGACGUUCUCUGGUCGGAACCAGUGGAUCCUGUUUGCCCUAGCCAGCGGAGCCUGUGCUGCCUUUAACGGCGUCUUUGCUAAACUAACAACCACCGAGCUGACGUCGAGCUUGUCCGAGGCUCUUGCGCGCUUGUUCGGCCUCUCUACAUACGAAGGCGUUGUUGAAGCCGUCACCCGAGCUAUCUUCUUUGGGCUUAAUCUCGUGUUCAAUGGCGUGAUGUGGACCUUGUUCACCACCGCCCUCGCGCGGGGAAACUCAACAACGCAGGUGUCAAUCAUGAACACGUCUGCCAACUUCGUCAUCACCGCCAUCCUGGGGUUUGCUAUCUUCUCAGAGUCGCUCCCGCCGCUGUGGUGGCUCGGCGCGGCUAUGCUUGUUGCCGGGAACGUCAUCAUCGGGCGCAAAGACGAAGGCAGCGAACAAGCUCCUGAGGGCGAAGGCGCCUCCUCGGCGGCGUCCCUUGCCGAGCAUGGGGCGAGCGCUUAUGAGUCGAGCACUCGGUUAGAUGAGCUCCGGCCAGAGGAUAAGAGAAUCGAGCAUGGUGAUAUUUUGGACCUCAACUUUGAGGAGACAGACGAGCUGGUUCCCCCUGCCCAGCGUCGAUGAGUUGGGUUUUAUAACGCUUCAAAACUGUUCAAAUAGAUCUUUUCUUUUUUCGCAUAUACUUCAUGAUACCCCCAGAAAAGUUCAGCCGCGGUUUAACGCUUCCAUUGUGAGUUUGACGUGGUCGAGGCUCGGUAUUGCCACCACAUCGAAACAUGGAGGUGUCCUCAAGACGCAACAUAUUAUCUUCAUUCCGGACAGAGUUAACUUCAAGAGGCA